UCCAAUCAUUUUGGAGAGGGGAAAUAAUCGAGUCCCGUAUACGUAAAAGCGUUAAUGAAUUAUAUUUGUUUAACAGAGCAUUUAAACGACGCCGCAUUCCCGGUGAGUGAUUGCGCGCUCGGCAGCGCGCAAACCCCGGCAGAAAAAGCUGCUCCUCUCUCCGUGCAGGUCACUUCUCAUGCAGAGCGCGUCUGCGAAGAAUGCCGUCGGGCUCUCUCUGCGUCCUUCAUACUUUUUUCUCCCUGUGCGUAAGAGCAGCGAUGGGAAAUUAGAGCGAAAAGAAACGAAUGAUUAUCUUAGGCUCUUUUGUUUUUGUGGACAAUCCCUCCGAGUCUGCUGAGGAUAAAAUAUCUGAUGGAAACUCAGCGCUUCCGCCUGCUAUCUGGCUGCGAGGAGGCAUCAGGAAACUGAAGACAGGAGACAACGUGUUCUGAAUACAAAAGAGGGAAACUAUUGACACCUUCAAGAGACCAUCCGCCGUGCGCAUGGACAAAGCGAAAAGGACGUCUAAAAAAGGAUUCAGCUUAUUAUCGGUUCAUCACUUUGUUAGUCCUCUACCAAUACUAUCUGUAGACGCUUAAUUACAAGCCAAACAUUCUCAUCCUAUUAGAGGUAAAACUGCAUUCCCUUUUGUCUUUUUAUCAGUCCAAAGCGCUCGAAAAACUAAUAAAAAACGAAUCACGCAAGACUCAUUUGCAGGCCUGCCAUGCUGUAAGGUGUUUUGAAUUUGGAGACAAAAAAAAAAAACCCGAAACGUUUUAUCAUGGCUUCGCUGUAUCAGAGAUUCACCGGAAAGAUCAAUACGACCAAUUCCUUCCCGCACCCACCUGAGGCCAGCCACCUUCUCGGAGGACAGGUCGCGGACGAGGAGAACGGAACCAGGUCCUCUAACCAAGGAGCCGAAGGCCGAGCUCACGUCCAGUACAGGAAAAAGUGCUUACGGGAAGAUGAGGAUGACCUUGUGGGCAGCGCGCCACCUCAGAGGAACUGGAAGGGAAUAGCAAUCGCCCUCCUGGUCAUCCUGAUCAUUUGCUCUCUGAUUGUCACCUCCGUUAUCUUACUGACCCCUAGUGAAGAUGACAGCCUCGCUCAUAAGAAGAAGGUAACCAUUGAGGACAUCUAUGGUGCAGACCUUCGAAUCCAUGACCCAGACGCUAAAUGGCUCAGUGACAAACACUUGCUGUAUCGAUCAAGGGAAGGGGAUGUUCUCAGGCGUGAUGUUGAUACAUUGAAAGAGGACAUCAUCGUGUUAAACCAGCUGUUUGACAGAUCAAAAGCUGCCAAAUAUCAGGUGUCUCCAGACUUGAAGCACGUGCUGUUUGCCUUUGAUGUAAAACCGAUCUACCAAUACUCUUAUCUGGCCAAAUACAUCAUUUACAGCCUCGUGACACAGGAGACUUGGCCUUUAAAUCCCCCCGAGGUGCACGACGCUGUCCUGCAGUAUGCUGGAUGGGGACCCCAAGGUCAGCAGCUGAUCUUUAUUUUUGAAAGCAACAUCUACUACAGGGCAACAGUGGAGAGCCGAUCGAUCCGCCUUGUUUCAACCGGUAAAGAGGGGGUCAUCUUUAAUGGUCUGACUGACUGGCUGUAUGAAGAGGAGAUCCUGCAGACCCACAUUGCCCACUGGUGGUCUCCAGACGGACUCCGUUUGGCCUAUAUGACCAUCAAUGAUACGCUGGUGCCAAAAAUGGAAGUCCCAUAUUUCACUGGCACACCGUAUCCCGGAAGCCAGGACUAUCAUUACCCAAAGGCUGGAGAAGAGAACCCUGUAGUGCACCUGUCUGUGGUGAGCCUCCACGGCCCCCUGCACACAGUGGUGAUGAAGAAACCUGACGACCCUCGGAUAGGGAGGGAAUAUUAUAUCACCGUGGUGAAAUGGGCCACCAAUACCAAACUGGCUGUUAACUGGCUGAAUAGAGCCCAGAACAACUCUAUCCUCACGCUGUGUGAGGCCACCACUGGAGUGUGCAUCAAGAAACAUGAAGAUGAGAGUGACAGUUGGCUGCAUCGGCAGAAUGAACCCCCACUGUUUUCUAAAGAUGGACACAAGUUUUUUUUCACCAGGGCAAUCCCUCAAGGAGGGAGAGGAAAGUUUUUCCACAUUUCUAUGUCCACCUCUAUGCCUAACAAGAGCACAGACAUCCUCCAGUCUCUGACAUCCGGAGACUGGGAUGUCACCAGCAUCUUGGCCUACAAUCAUGAAAGGAACCUCAUAUACUUUCUGAGCACAGAAGACGACCCAAAACGACGGCACUUGUACAGCGCUGACACUAUCGCUCCUUUCAACCGCUGCUGCCUGUCCUGUGACUUCAAGUGUGGUUUUAUGGAUGUUUCAUUCAGCCACAACAUGCAGUACUUUUUGCUCAACUGCAAAGGUCCAGAUAUACCAAAUGUGGCUGUUUACAGAACAGGCGACAAACAGAAAGUGUUUGAUGUGGAGACUAAUAAGAGAUUAAACAACACAUACAACAACAUGCAGAUGCCCAAAGUGGAGAAUAAGACCAUCACCAUUGACGAUUACACUCUGACGAUGCAGAUUCUAACGCCAGCAGGAUUUAUAAACACAGCCCACUACCCACUACUGCUGAUAGUCGAUGGCACACCUGGCAGACAGAUGGUAACGGAGCAGUUCCGGGUGGACUGGGCCACGGUACUCGUCAGCAGUUUCAGCACCAUCGUUAUCCGCUUUGACGGCCACGGCAGCGGCUUCCAGGGAACCAACCUGCUCCACAAGGUUCGCAGGAGGCUUGGGAAGCUGGAGGAGAGGGACCAGCUGGAGGCACUCAGGUUCAUAUCAAAAGAACCUUACAUUGAUAAGAAUCGAAUGGGAGUUUACGGAAAGGCCUACGGGGGAUAUUUAGCUACAAUGCUUUUGAGCUCUGAAGAGUUUACUCAGCUGAAAUGUGGAGCAGCUGUCUCACCAAUCACAGAUUUCGAGCUAUAUGCAUCUGCAUUUUCAGAACGAUACCUUGGCACAAAGACCGAUUCCCGAGUAUAUACGAUGGCAAAUUUAGCUCACAGAGCAGGUCAGCUGCUGGAGAAACAGUACUUAAUAAUUCACCCAACAGCUGAUGAAAAGGUUCACUUCCAGCAUACAGCCAAAUUUAUCAACCAUUUAAUCAGUGAGAAGGCAAAUUACACUCUACAGAUCUAUCCCGACGAGGGCCACUUCCUGCACAGCGAGGGAACACAGCAGCACCUGAGUCAGUCGCUCGUCAACUUCUUUGAGGAGUGUUUUCGGGAGCCAGAGGCGCCCCAGGUCGACGAGCAGGAUGAGGUUGAAGAUGACAGUUAAACCAGGUCCCCCCUCCAAGGCAGCUCCUGUAACACAGCACAAUAUGCAACAAAUCUUUUUACCCUAAAGUCUACGCCACCUGCCGUCCAAUCUGAUUUUAGCUCUAAUCUUAAGCACCUGCAUGUGCAAACAGAUCCCCUCUGCUCAACUCACGCUGGCUGCUGUUGAGGAAACCGGUCAGGCAGAGGCUGAAUAAAACUCAGAUAUGAACAAUGGGUUUUCUCUCCGACCAUGUGGACCAGUGCACCCUCUGGUGGACAAACAGAGGAUUGACAACAAUUUAGCGUUGCUCCUCCAAAUCCAAACAGGCAGGUUUAACAAGUGCUUUGCAGAUUAUUCCCAUGUGAAGAGAAGUGAUGUAACUUUUUGAUGGCUGCCAGUUUGUGAUGACCUUGCCAACUAACUUGAUUAUUAUGUUCAUAGUUAUUCAGAGUUGUUUUCCAGAUUCUCUGUUCAGUGUCUUACUGUGUGUAAGUGGAUGCAUCGUCCAUAGUGGCUUUAGAAGAUGAAGGCACAAUGUUUAAACCUGUAACACUCAAAGAUUGUAUAAAUAAUGAUGUUUUAAUAUUUUCUUUGUGCCCAAAUUUCUUUAUAGAGCUCUUGUUUUAGUCACUGUGCCUUACUGUGGGGGAGAUGUUCACGUUAGGAGCCCACACGACACUAUAAAAUGAGCAAACAUGGUCCAAACAGAGCAACAGAGACAUUCAUGAUUUGAAAACAUUUUUUUUCCCUUUCACAAUAUUUUAGGAAGAAACUCAUGAAACAGACAUCAACUUGAAAGACAACCUUAUAUUACUUACCCACAGAAGUGACCAUUACUUAGUUUCCCAAUAUUUAACAUAAUUCCCAUCAUUUGGGAAUCUCUUUGAUUUAUGUCCUACAAAGUCUUUCCUCUUUUAUGUCAUUUCUGUUUGUGUCGUCUGUGGUUUCUAGUCAGCUGCUGUACAAAGUGUACAAAAGUGACAUGAAAUCUCUAUGGUGUAUGUGCAACUUGUAUAUAAAGCAUUUUGAAAUGCAUUUGUCUUAAA